AGAGAAAAUGAUCAGUGCAACAGCUGAAUGUGCAGCAGCUCUCAAGUGCCGCCGCCGCGUCGCCUGGCUUCACCCGGGCCUCUGCACGUCGCGACGAAGGAGGCGGCCGGCGGCUGCUACUAGUUUCUCGGGCAUGGAGGAGCUUCGGCCACCAGCCCGUCGUGAGCCACGAUGAACAUGAGGUCGCCGGCGCAGAUCUGAGCCGGCGGCCGGUGCAGUGGGGGCCGACUUCCGCCGGGAAGCUGGCCGCCGCGGACGGGGCGGCGCUCCUCCAGGCCCGGGGAGCAGGCCGUCGCAGCUCUCGAUCCGGAUGGGAUGGAUUGGUUUCUCAUUCUUGCUUGUCCUUCCUCUUCGGCAUUGUGCAAGAUGCCAUGUUUGGCGCCGGUUGCCUCCAAUGAACUUCUUGGUACCUAGUUAAGAUUCAGAUGCGUUUAAGUUCCAAAAAAUUGGGGGUUGCCGCACAAGGUACUCCUUUUGUGCUAUUGUUCGGUUCGGUCACGUUACAUACUAAUGAAAUUAGUGCCACCUGGUAACAAUAGAACUAAUAAUAAUAUAAUAUGAUUUGGUCAUGUGAAUACAGCCAAUUCAUCUUUAAAGGUACUUUGUAGAAUUAUAUGCCAGUAGAAAUACAAUUAUAUCAACAUAAUUGUGACUGUCAUAGGAACUUGUUAUCGUUCGAAGGACAUGAAGAGGUCUGUGGAGCAGCAGGGAAGAUGUGAGCUGAUGUGUCAUAGUAGUGAUGAUGUGGUGCAGCAAGCUGUAUGGGGAGGCAGCUGUUGGAAGGAUUGGAAUUUCUUAUGAUCUUAGGAUCUUGAUAGCACAAUACAUUGUUCCUGUGUUUUUUUGGUUGUGUUAGUUUCUUAACACAAGACAUUGUUAUUAUAUUACUUUUUUUUCCUUGAACACACAGGAGAGGUGUGUAUCUUUAUAUAAAGAGAGAAAUUGUUAUUAUAUUUCAUAAAGAGGUCAGUGAUUAUUUAACAUAUGACUCUCAUGGGCUUAGUGGCUUGGGAGCAGAGAAAUUUCUCAGCCCACCCGGUUUCAAGGACCACACCCUACUUACUGAAACAUCAGCAGGAAUAUCCCUCCCUCUGUUUCUCAUUUUUUUAUUAUUUAACAUAUAAUGAAGUGAUAAUAAUAUCAAUCUAAAUCACCAAGCAGCUAAUAAUGGCAAUAUAAUUUCUAAUUUUUUAAAGCAUCCCUUAAUUUCAAUUUAAAGCUAUCCAUUUGUCAGUCUAACCAUUUCAAAGGGCCCUGGGUUGAUCUCUAUUUUGGAACCCAGAUAAAUGCCAGCGUUGCAUUGGCAGAUCUAUUGCAACUGGCAUUACUCAGAAUUCACCAUGGCUUUAUUUUCCUUUUUACACAAGUUCCCAUUGUCCGAUACUCCAAUUCUUCAAUUUGUUGCCUGGCAGUGGCACAUGCUCGGUCCAACUGGAUCCACGGCCUUUUUUCAAUAAAGCCCUUUUGUGCACACCAUUUGGGCUUGACCGAGCCAUUGUUUUCAAGGUGUUGCCUAGGCGUCGCCUAGGCGACAAGGUGUGGUGGCUCGCCUCGCCUAAGGUGUGCCUUAGUACGCCUUAGCCCGCCUAGGCAUCGCCUAGGCAAUCAGGCGGUGGUGGCCCGCCUUACCUCGCCUUAACACUUUAAAAACAGAGGACCGAGCCCAGAACAAAACUCCUGCAAGCAAAGCCCCAAAUCUCCCAUUCCCACCAUUCAACCGACGCUGCUCCCGAAUGGAUCUAAUCAAGGGAGCUGCGAUCUCCCACCGCUACUGAAGAUUAUUUGAGGCUCUCGUGUCAAGGUUUUGGUGGGGUUCCUGGAACGCACGGAAACUUAGGUGUUCGUCCGCCAGGAUGUCUUGCCAAGUUUUACCAGAUGGUGCUACAAUGAAUACGGGUUGCAUAUAUGGUUCUAGUUCGUCAUCAGACAAGAUAUGCCAUUCCCAGCCAAGAGAUGAUUUAUCUCCAGAUUCUGCUGAAAAAAGUCGCACUUUGUAUUGCAAACAUAUUCUAUUGUGUGACAUUCUUCAGAAACGAGCCAAUACAAAGCCCUCUUUUCUUCAAAGAAACCUUUGUUACAAGAUACAUGCCAAGCAAAAGAAGAGGAUUGAGAUAACCAUAUCACUGUCUGGAAGUUCAAACCCUGAAGUGCAGGCACAGAAUAUCUUUCCACUAUAUGCUUUGUUUGCUAAACCAAUUAGUGCUGUUUCGCAUGACGGGCAUUCUCCAGUAUAUCAGUUCAGCCGGGCUUGUUUGUUGACUUGUUUUGAUGAACCUGGAUGUAACAACCACGCUGAAGCCACAUUCAUCUUUCGAGACCUGAAGACUUUAGCUAACAUUAUCCUUGUUAGCUGCGGACAAGUUGGACAAACACCUGAUGAAAAUAACUUCUCCAAGAGCCAUAUGGAGAACCAUUCUCUUGAAAAGCUUGGAGGGCAUUGUUUCUGGGGUAAGAUACCGAAUGGUUUACUUUCUUCAUCAUUGGAGAAUUGCGUGGAUUUAAGCUUAGGACGGACUAAGCAGUUUGCUUUGCCAAUUACUAUGAACCCAGGCUUCAUAGAGCCAAAAUUUCUCAAGCAGAGCAGUUGCUUGACAUUUUGUUCUCGUAAGGUUAAUGUUGUGUGUUCAUAUCAAUUACAAGUAAGCAUAUGUGCCCAAGAGGCCGGUGCCAGGGAGAUGUUUAAAUCUCCAUAUAAUUAUUACUCAUACAAUGAUGUCCCACAGUCUUCUUUACCGCAUAUCAUAAGGUUAAGAGCUGGAAAUGUGCUCUUUAAGUACGGAAAUAAUAUUUGCGAGACAGAAGUUACUGAAGAUUUCUGCUGCGCAUUUUGCUUGAUAAAGUGUGGAAGCUUCAUGGGUCUGAAGUAUCACUUAAUCUCAUCGCAUGACCAGUUCAACUUUGAGUUCUGGAUAUCUGAGAAGGAACAGGGUGUCAAUGUUAGUUUGAAACGCCAUACCUGGACAAAUGAGGAUUUUCCUGCAGAAGUUGAUCCAAGGCAGAGAACAUUUUCCUACUUCUCAAGGUAUAAGAAGCGUCCAAGAUUAGUUGUUGCGAAUGAAGCAAUCGUUCCAUCAAAAGCGGCUGAAGCUAUCGUUCCUUCAAAAGUGACUCAGGUGAUCAUACCAUUAGAAGCGACUGAGGCGACUGUUCUGCCAAAAGCAACUGAGACGAUCGUUCUGCCAAAAGCAACUGAGAUAAUCAGGCAUGGACAUCUACUUGCUACUUCUGUGUCAGACACGUCAGUUGAUCCUGCCCAUUCAUUACAUGGCGGAUCACCACCAAGAAUACUCCAGUUCGGAAAGACCAGGAGACUAUCUGUCAACCAGAUUAACCCCAGAAAUCAGCAACUCCUUCAAAAACGUCAAGUCUUCCAUUCUCACACAGGACAGCCAAUGGCAUUUGAAGAAGUUCUCUCAGAUCAUGAUAGUGAAGACGAAGUUGAUGAUGAUGUUGCUGACUUUGAAGAUAGAAGGAUGCUUGAUGAUUUCAUUAAUGUUACAAAAGAUGAGAAGUGUAUCAUGCAUAUGUGGAAUUCAUUUGUUUCCCGACAAAGGGUGAUAGCUGAUAGUCAUGUGCCAUGGGCCUGCAAAGCCUUCUCCCAGCUUCAUGCACAAUUACUUGCACGAAAUCCUUCCCUACUACAGUGCUGGAGGUUUUUUAUGAUCAAACUCUGGAAUCACAAUCUGCUAGAUGCGCGCACCAUGAACUCCUGCAACGUGAUUAUUGAUGACGUCAAGAACGAAAAGCUCGGAUCCCAAGUGAAGCCGAUGCGUUGAAAACAUUUCGGUCAUGAACGAUGACAAACAAGUUACUCUUUUCUUUCCCAUCCUACAAUAUUUGUGAUGCUAUCGACAUCCAGCUCCGUAUUAAUAUUCUUGGUAUCAUGAGUUUUACAUGAAUUGUUUUUGUUAAAGGAAGUUUUACAUGAAUUGUUGGUUAUUCAGUGACCUGGACAACUCAUUUCCAUCUUUA